CUCAUUGGCACGGCACUGGCACGACUGUCGGCUGCCUCGCAACGAUUGGCUAGCCGGGAAUAGCCCAUGACGUCAGACGCGCUCGCGAGACCUCGACUCUCUCCGUAGUUCGAACGGUUGCCGAACGCGCACGAGGUAUUCCCUCGCGCGGUAUGAGUCAUCGGGCGCAGUUUCACACAGUUUCGAGCAAAGGGAUCUGCGAUUCGUGCGCGCCGCCUUCUAGUUCUACGUACGAUCAUUGUGACCCCCCGGAACAAUCUCUGCACUCGUCUUUGUCUCUCAUCCCUGGCUGUGUCUGGGUUUACCUCGCGGAGGACUAUCGAGCCCGGAGCCAAGACAGGUUAUAACGCGGCUUUUGCUUCGACACACGACCACACGAGACAAACGGAACACGGCAGCAUGAAGCUGGACGUCUCUGAUGUGCUCUACGACAGCUCCAGCGUGUCCAGCGACAGCGGCACGUCGCAGAGCUCCCGUGUCAGCCAUGAUUUUCUCUCCAGCAUCGCGAACCCGGCCAUGCUGUCCAACAACCUGGUAUCUCUGGACGGGUUGCACAGUGGAGUUCCGACCAGGACGACGCCGACGCUGACGCCGACCACGCUCCGCAGCAUCGAACAGACCUUCUUGGAGUUGACGAGCGAAUCAGCGUCGCACAGUCGCGAGGCCGGUUUCGUGCCGCCGCUGGUUGAGCCGUCGCAGCCGACCCCGGCACAAACGCAAAACACUGCGGCGCACCAUCUCCCGCCGACGACCACCCUCAUCGAGAGCCAGCAGACGCAACCGCAGCAGCAGUCGGCUAGACGCAAUAUGGGCGGCAGGAGGCCCAACAGAACGGUCGGGAUGACCCCCGAGGAGGAGGCGAGACGACAGAUCCGGCGCGAGAGGAACAAGAUGGCAGCGGCCAGAUGCCGCAAACGAAGGAUGGAUCACACCAACGCCCUUAUUGAAGAGACCAAGGGCUUGGAAGAGAAGAAGCAGAGCUUACAGGAGGAGAUCAGUAACCUGCAGCAACUGAAGAACGAGCUUGAAUUGCUGCUGGACGCUCAUAGAGCGGUCUGCCGGCUGCGAUCCACGUCCCCGCCGGAUGUGAAACCCGUGAUAAAGCCCGAUCUUCCGGUCGACGAUCAAUUCGCCGAGCCCACGAAGGGCGGCGGCGACGCCAUGGUGGCCGCUGCGAGACCGAACAGACCCAAUUCACUGCCGGUCGGGUUCGACAACAACAACAGACUGAAUUCCCUGUCGCUGUUCGCGGAGCCUAAGGACAGACCGGACACGUUGGCCUUUAAGACGGUAGAGGCGCCGUCCUUCAUGAAGACCUCGAUGGAUGUGACCGGUAUGCCGAUCACCACCCCAACGAGCGGUAUACCGUUCAACUUCGACUCUCUCAUGGAGGGCGGCACCGGUCUCACACCAGUCACGACGCCCUUGAUACCGUCGUGCUCCACGCAACAGAGGAGCAACCUAUCCGCCGUGGACCUUAGCUCGCCGGACGCGAAUCCCAAGCUCGUCAGCUUGUGACGCCACGACGAUGUGGAGCACGGAUCGAACGAGGAGGAUAAUCCCGAAUGAGAACGGGAAUACCAUGACGCGGAAGAAGCUAGAGUUUCUUUUUUUCUCUGAGGGAGGGAAUAACCGAAGUAUUACGCGAGCGCUUUGCAACGAAAACUUUGAUCGCUGUUAAAAGCUCUUUCAUUGCGAUUUUGCUUACUAGCGCGAUCCAUGAUGCAUUUUUUUCUGUAAAAAACUUAGGCCGUUGUUGUCGACGAUGUUUUAGUGUGUGAACAGAUGGGUGGUCUUUUUUAAGCGAGAAAGCAACAGAGUGAAGAUAGUGUCGUUGACGUUGUUUGUUUCUGUGCAACGUGCUAUACGCAUUGAUCUUGAGGUAAAUAAUAAAAGUCGCCGGAAACGAAGGAAAACGAUUUUAUUGUAUUUAGAUUUUAACGAUUUUGUAGAUUCGCGUAUUAACGGCCUCAGUAUUUCGAGCCAUACGUAGACACAAUCACGACACCAACACGCGAAUCUGAAAUUUUUGAAUUGUAAAUCUUGUAUUGUGAGAUCCAUGAACGAAUUGUUCUAUAUCUUGUUGUUCGUUGCAUAUGUAAAAAUCGUAAUAAGAAAGGAGAAAGAGAGAAAUACGUUUAAACGAGAAGGAUAAAGCGCCAACUGUCUGCGCCUUAUAGUAAAAUGAUCGGCAGACUGAUGCAAUAAAUGUCUGCACACAAGUGAUACGAAUAUAUUUAACGUUUAAAGUAACAAAUUAGGAUUAAUGAAAGUAAGAUUUGUCAUUUUUUAAGUGAUGCAACGAAAGAGAUGAAGGAAAUUUUAUACUUAUAAUUCUACAUUUUGAGGAGGAUACGAGCAUCUAGAAGUUAAGACAAAUCAUGUUUAGCUCAAAACUUCUAAGGUACAUUAAGGAACAGUAAGAGCUCUUUGAAUUGCGCGCUUAGAACAUCGAUCAAUACACAUAUUACCCACAAUUACAAAACAGUUCGCAUAAUUCAAAGAAAUAUUUAAGAAUUUUGCAGAUCGCGAAUAAAGAAUAAAGAAAAUUGCACGAACGCAAAUUCUCGUCGUACGAUCUCGCAUGUUGAAGAUAGAAAGAUUAAAUUGUGUGCCUCGCUUUUG